AUGGCAGCAAAAGAGGUGGAAGAGCUUCGGAGGCAGUUGGAAACCCUACAGCGCUCACAUGAUGCGUUGGUGAAAACACUUUCUGCGCCCAGCGACUUGCCGGAGACCCCAAGAUUCCCUAGAGCAAACACCCGAGACGACGCAGCUUUUGCCGAUACCUCGACUGUAUCCUCUGACGACGAGGACGAAGACGAUUCAUACUUUGUGAAAAAGCAGUUACCAGCAAAAUCGUUUGACCAUGAACAUUUGCGGGAACACCUGAAAAAGCAUGACUGGCAAGAACAUGGGAGAGCAAUCUUGGCCCCCAUCAUCACCAAUCCUGGGAAACUUUCCAAGCAGCCCCAUCUCUUUCAUUUGGGGCCUGGGCCUGCAGAUGACCGAUCGCAUUACUCCCACUUCCAAGUUUACGAUGUCGACUCGGACGGAUACACGGAGCUUGUCGAGACCAGUGGCAACAACAUGUCAAAAGCCACAGAGAUAUGGCAUUCAAUCAGAAACAUAGGCCAAAAUCUGGACAAGCAGCCCGUUGGCCGAAUUACAAUAGCUCGUGAGCCGGCACCUAUCCUAUUUGGCGCUUUGCAUCUUACGCUACAUGAUGCAUUCGAUAUGGACGAAAUAUUCCGGCAUCUGGUUAAGACCGAUGCUUCGUCGGCACAUAUGCACAGAGCGUUCCAAGAAGACAGGAAACACCAAAGGACCUUCUUCUUCACGUUUGAAUAUUACACUGUCCUGGGAGAAGACUGUUCCCCCAUGGAGUGGCAACGAUCAGACAAAGACAAGGAUGAUACGCAUAUUCCUCUCUCGCGAUGCGGUGCUGUGGUGGCGCUAGCUCUGUUCGACGACAAACCGCGACCUAUAAGGAAUAGGGGCAGGAGAGCCAGAACGAAAAAUGGCUAUGUACAAAACAUCUGGUCGCCAUGGCAGGUCUUGCAACUGGAAACCUUUCCAGACUGGAGAGCUACGUCUGAUACUUUCGAAUCAGGACAUCGCUUCCUCAACGGCCCGGAAGCUUUCCUACACUCCUUACUUACCGAGUAUAGAGACGCUAGGAAGAGAUAUGAUGAGAUUUACAAACGCAUCACGUUGCUCAUCACCCCCGCACUCGGAUUCCUAUUCGAUUCAGAGCUGCGGGACCAACGGCUGUUCGAAGACAGAAAGUUCACGUGGACACGACGGUAUUUCUACGCGCAUCAAGCAGUAGGUCACAGUCUUGCACGGAUCCUGAAGCUCCCAAACUCAACUGACCAAUUACAGCUCGGGAAUGUCAAUGACAGCAUCAAAUCCAUGAUCGAUGCGUUCGAAGAUACGUUUACCGAUGAAGUGUGGGAGGGCAAAAGCAAGGUCCUUUGGCCCCUGUACGAGGAAUCUCCCCGCAACGAUCAUUGGAAAAGGCGUUUACGCCUCCUUCGCCUGCAGUUCGAGCGUGAAAUGAAGGAACUUCGUAUCCUCCAACGUCGUGCUCUCCGGAUACUUCGUUACCAAUGCAUUGAAUGCACCAAGUCGGAAUCAGCUGAUGCGAACAACGCGCGCCAGGAAAACAACGAUCGCCGCCACGAAAUCGAAUCUUUGCAAGACCACCUCUUCUCAGGCACCAGCAUCCAAGAAUCCCGCAAAUCCGUCGAACUUUCCGACAUCACCGUCCAACAGGGCCGAAACAUCAAACUGCUCACCAUCGUAAACCUCUUCUUCAUGCCUCUCACGUUCGUGACGUCCGUGUUCGGCAUGACCAAUAUGCCUGAAAAUCCGGCGAGUUAUUGGCCCUUCGGUGUUACUUUGCUUGCCAUCUGUAUUCCGUUCUUUUCGCUCAUCGGGUUUCUGUCAACGAAUUUCGGGUACCGCAUCUGGGCCGCCAAAACAAAACAGUUGUACCGAUGGCUAUGGCCCAAACCCAAGACGCAGGAUACUAAUGCAUCCGAAAACGCCGAACCCUCCGGUUCCGGAAUCAAUCGCACCUAUUCCACCGAGGAGAAAAUGCAGUUGCGCAUGGGCGAGCGAUCUCGUCGUGGUAGCGAGACAAGGACGAGGGAGCGCGGGUUCAGUUUCCGAGAGAGAAAAGGUGAGAACGAAAGUCAUCCGAACAUCAAAAGGAUGGUGGAAGCUAUGGGGGACGGGAGACAGAGUGGGCUUGUGAGAAUGGGAACAUUGAGGGCCAGUCAGGAUGUGGGUCAAAGUGAAAGCAGGGACACGGUCGUAGAGGUUAGGGAUCGUGAAGAGGGGACUGUCUGA